AUGAAUGAACGUAGCUCGAGUCAAAGAGGCAGCAGCAGUGAAGCUCUGUCGUCGUCAGAGGCGGCGGCGGGGGGAAUUCCGUCCGGUUUGAAUCGGAUUAAGACUCGGCGAGUCUCGUCCAGGGAGAAACUCAGUUCCAAACACGACGAUGCGUUCGAGUACAAGUCUCGUGAACCUCCGCGACCGCCGCCUCCGUUCCGCGGGAAACUCAAGCAGCAGAAGUCGCUGGCUCGCGUACAGGGAGCCGGCAGCAGCCCUUCCUCGAGAGCAGGUGAACAACACAAAGGAAAGAAAAUCGCCCGAUGGUUCUCAUCAUAUUUUUCAAGGGAUGCUGGUCAUCUUAUUGGCUCGCCUAUGGAGAGUGGCACUGAAGCUGGAAUUCUUGAGAAAGAGGAACCAAUGGCAACCAGAUUCUCAAAUGCAGGAAAUCAUCAAAGUCAGGAACAAUAUUCUACUGAGAGUCAAAUUCAAACUCGUAGUAAGGGGACAAAAGUCUUAAAAAGCUUUUCACAUGAACUAGGAUUACAGAAUGGUGUUACAGCACCCCCUCCUCGGGCUCAGAGUUUUACCGAUUUGAAGGAGCUACUGGGAUCUUUCCACUCAAGAUUUGAUGCAGCCGAAGAAUUGGCUAAAGUAGAACUAGCUACUUUUGCCGCAGAUGUCAUGGAUAUCCUUGAUAACAUUGACCCCUCAUUGGAAGAAGAGUUUAACAUGGCACAAGAUCUUCUUAGUCUUGCUCAACUGUGCAUGGAAAUGACUAGUUCUCAGUUCCGUGCCAAGUGUGAAGAAGUUGUUCAGGAUCUAACUGAUAAGAGAAAGAAUUGUCAAACAGGACUUCUCAAGUGGCUAUUUACACGCAUACUCUUUAUCAUGACCCGGUGCACUAGAGUACUGCAGUUUCAGAAAGACAGCGAACCAAUUGAUGAAAUUACAUUCAAUAAGUUGAAGAAGUGUCUAGAAAGCAUUCCAUCUGUGGAAUUGAGCUGGCCAGCUAAUUAUGGGAUUGCUGAUUCUGGUUCAGUUGCCGCUCCUCUGAGUAAGAAGGGUAAAAUAAAACCAAAACUGGAGGGACAAGAUAAUUUGUCUUCUCUACCUGAGGCAAUAUACUAUGGCUCUGAACAGAAUGAUGCAACUUUAAGAAAGGUUUCCUUGGAACUUGAACAAAGGUUGACUUCACAGGAACCAAAAGCUGAUCCUCUUUCAAAAGUGCAGCCGUCAAGUCAAGGUGGUAAUGAUUCCAGUUGUCUACUACUGGAGCAGGGACAUAAUUUUGACGUAUUGGUUCGUAGCCAAGAAGAGCAUGGUGUAGAUGGAGCCGAUACAGUAAUCUGCAGGAUAUGUGAAGAACUUGUUCCAAUUUAUCAUUUGGAAUGCCACUCUUACAUAUGUGCUUAUGCAGACAAGUGUGAUGUAAAUUGCCUAGAUUUGGAUGAACGCCUAUCAAAUCUAGCGGAGGUACUUGAGCAGAUUGUUGAUUCACGAAAUAUGAACUCUCACCUUUCAUAUGGUAGUCCUUCAAGCAACUCUGUCACAACUGAAGGUUGCUCUCCGAAGGUUAGUGAAUGGAGAAACAAAGGUGUGGAAGGAAUGUUUGAAGACAUACAUGAGAUGGAUACUGCCAGCAUUGAUGAGCCCAAUUUAUCAUUAUUUAACUUAAAGACCCAUUUGGGAAUAAAACUAGGCAACCAUGGAACACCAUCUUCAACUGGCAGUGUAGCAUCAGUUUCCUCCACAAAUUCCCCUAUGGCUGGUCACUUUGAUUCCUUCUGGUUAGAACAUAAUAAUCCAUCUGAGCUAGAGGAUGUUCAACAGAUGGCUGAUCUUGCAGACAUAGCUCGCUGUGUUGCUAGUACAGAUGUAACAAAGGAUCCUUCCUGUGAAUUUCUACUAGCCUGUUUGCAAGAUUUGCAGAAUGUUUUACAGCGUAGUAAACUCAAAGCUCUCGUAAUAGACACUUUCGGCGCCAGAAUAGAGAAGCUUCUAAGGGAAAAGUGUUUAGUUGCCUGUGACCUGUUGGAUACAAAAAUUCCCGGCGAUGCCAAACUUAAAGAAAAUUCUAGAUUUCUGUUGGAUAAUACGCCACAAAGUAGUACAGGAUCAACUCCUCUACAUUCCUCACAUAGAGAUAGAACAAGCAUUGAUGAUUUUGAUAUUAUAAAACCAAUAAGCAGAGGUGCCUUUGGGAAAGUAUUUCUUGCACGCAAAAGAACAACAGGAGACUUGUUUGCAAUUAAGGUGCUCCAGAAAGUGGAUAUGUGGCGUAAAAAUGAUGUUGAGCGUAUAUUAGCCGAGCGUAACAUACUUAUAGCUGUUAGAAAUCCAUUUGUGGUGAGGUUUUUCUAUUCUUUCACCUGCAGAGAUAAUCUCUACUUGGUUAUGGAAUAUCUCAAUGGAGGCGAUCUAUAUUCUCUUCUGAGGAAAGUUGGCUGUCUCGAGGAAGAUGUAGCUCGUGCAUACAUUGCGGAACUGGUCCGUGGCAAUUAAACGUUGUAGAGUUACCCAUGUUUUAAAGGUUUUUAUUUGAAUAUUUACUUGAUUGGAUUUUGUCUGCUCACAGGUUCUUGCUUUAGAGUAUCUCCACUCCCUUGGCAUUGUGCAUCGUGAUCUAAAGCCAGACAACAUAUUAAUUGCACAUGAUGGCCACAUCAAGCUUACAGACUUUGGGCUAUCAAAGAUUGGCCUUUUGAACAAUACCAUUCAGUUGACAGAACCCGGGACAUCUGGAGGCAUUUUGUCAGAUCCUCUCGAUUCCCGCGAGCAGCAAACAGAAGACAAAAGGCAACAUUCUGCUGUUGGAACACCCGACUAUCUGGCCCCUGAAAUCCUUCUUGGAACGGAGCAUGGUUAUGCUUCAGAUUGGUGGUCAGUAGGAAUAAUCCUCUUUGAGCUUAUUACUGGAAUUCCACCUUUCACUGCCGACCAACCUGAGAUGAUAUUUGACAACAUACUCAACAGAAAAAUUCCUUGGCCUUCUGUUCCUGGCGACAUGUCUCAUGAUGCCCAAGACUUUAUCAACAGGUUGCUUAUUCAUAACCCAGAUCAACGUUUAGGAGCAAACGGUCCAUCCGAGAAUGUAUCUUUUAUAUUCCAAGUUCCAAUUUCUAUCUUGCCCAACCUUCUGUUGCAGGCAGCCUUUGUACCCGUCCCUGACAGUGCAGAUGAUACAAGUUACUUCCUUUCUCGGUUCUCUCAACUCUCCAGCGGAAUACUGAAUGAUAAUCCCAAUAGUAGCCUCUCUGAUGACGACUCUUGCAACUCAUCCUCAAACUCCAAAGUUGAGAUGGAUGACUGUGGAGACAUGGCUGAAUUCGACUCUUUGCCAAUCGACCUCUCCUCGAUAAACUUUUCCUUCAAGAACCUGUCGCAGUUAGCUAGCAUUAACCGCGAUGUGCUGUUGCAGACCGGAAGGGAUUCGUCGAAGAACUCUCCGUCCAAAGCUCCAUCGUAGUCUUUUUUUCAAUCAUUCGUCAAUCAUACUCAGGCAGUUGCUAUGUCUAGCCACAGCCACUCAGAUAGGCUAGUAAGGAGUAGGAAGAAUACUACACCCGGUAGCACCUUCGGUUCUGUAAAUAAGCAUAGAAAGGGUCCUUUUCUUUUGUAGGAUAGGGGCGUCGGUUUAAGGUUAGAGAAGAUCGCUCAAAUCAUUCUUUCUAGCGGUAGGAUUAUAGAAAUGGGGAACUGAGAUAGUGAUUCUGCUCAUGAAGAUCGAGCGGAGCCCGGAUAAACUGGAAGUCCCUUUACCUUGGGCAGGAAGCAACCUAGGGACUGACAAAAGCAGCAUUGACGGGGUCCUUCAUUCAUCUGCCGCGCUUUGGAUACGGGAAUUUCGCCAAGUUACUUGGGUUACACUAUUAUACUGGAUUUGAUUUUUUUCCGCCCUACAAUUUUCUUCCAAAAGCCAGACUAUAAAAGAAAUUCCAAUCAAACGGUUGAAAGGUGAUGGUGAUAAUGGCUUUUUACGAUGUAUCGAGGCAAAUAACAUGAUUACAAGAAUGAAAAUGACGAAAAAAAGAGAAUGAACAAAUAAAAU